UUUCCAUUCCCAAGAUUCUCUUCUUAAUGACUCCAUUCCUACGAAUUCAGUCAUUUGUGUGGUGUGGAAAAAAAGAGGUUCAGUCCUUAAGAUAAAUAAUAUAAAUUACACUCCUCAUGGAUAUGACAUAUUUAUUCUGCGCAAACAUAUACACGACUGAUUGAGAAAGCACAAGUCAUUUAAUUCCAUCUUGGGCAGACAAGGUGAGAUGGAGCAAUGGUCUUAAGACCUCGCAGGGCGCCUUGCCACUGCUGGCAGGAGGUACAGCCAGCAGGCCCCAGGUUUUCCUUUCCUCUUCGAAAACUCCCCUAGCAAGCAGGGAAGAGCCUGUGUCACCACCCAAAACACCUGGAUUAGCUGUAGCUGGGUCUUCCUCUGCUCCCCAGGAGGGCACUUUGGUAUUUGAAACUGACAUUUGUCACCAAGGGCCUUCCUCUGUUCUUGCAAAUUCCCAGUACCCAGUACUUUCCAAUGAAGGCUGUACCCCUGGCUGGCCUGGUGCUACCCAGAACAGAGCCCAGCCCCCCACCCCAGCACUCCCUACCUGCUUUCGGAUGAACUAGAAGGAGAGGACCGCCAGGGGUCCAGAAAGAGGCAAGGUAAGGAAGCCAUUGUUGUAAUUCUGGGCUUGAAGCCAGGGCUCCAAAACACCUCCAGCUCAGCGAAGCACAAUUCGUAGCAGGUAAUAGACCGCUGUCUCAGAAGUAAGACUUUGCGAGGCAGAGGGGCAAUGUGUGGAACAGCCCAGACCCAGUCUCUGUACUCAAGCCCCCCACCCCAAUUUAUCAGUCACAUCUCAUCACAUCACACCUUCCUCCAGCAGGGGCUCCCCUGCCCUACCCUUCCAGGGGGUUAUAGGUUCUUAAGGCCUCUCAGGAGGAAGGAUGGGAGGGGGCGGGGCAGCGGUGGCUGAGAUAUAAGAGACCCAGUCGCUGUUUGCGGGUUCAUCCAGCCCACCAUGAGUGCCCACUGCCUCCCUAUCCUUCUUGUCCAUGCCUGGUGGGCCCUACUCCAGCCUCGCGCCGCGACGGUGGCCGCCUUUCCUCUGUGGACACGGGGGCAGCCCUCGUCACCGUCCCCUCUUGCUUACAUGCUGAGCCUCUACCGAGACCCGCUGCCUCGGGCGGACAUCAUCCGCAGCCUCCAAGCGCAAGAUAUGGAAGUGAGUGGGCAGAACUGGACCUUGGCUUUCGACUUCUCCUUUCUGAGCCAAGAAGAGGACCUGGCAUGGGCGGAGCUCCGGUUGCAGUUGCCCCGCCCUAUGGACCUCCCCACUGAGGGCCCACUCACCAUUCAAAUUUUCCACCAGGCCAAGCUGGGCCCAGAGCAGGAGCCAGCGGACUGCUUGGAGCGAGUACGGAUGGAAGAGUUCACUGUCACUCCGUCUCAGGUCACUUUUUCCUCGGGCAACACUGUCCUGGAGGUCACCAGGCCACUCUCCAAGUGGCUGAAGAACCCCAGGGCACUGGAGAAGCAGGUGUCCAGUCUGAAAGGAAAGUGCUGGCAUCAGCCCCGCACCCCGCCGGUCACCACCACCAGCGACAAUGUGCUCAUGCUGUACUCCAACCGGCCUCAGGAGCAGAGGCAGCUGGGCGGCGCCACUUUGCUCUGGGAAGCCGAAAGCUCCUGGCGGGCCCAGGAGGGACAGCUGUCUGGAGAGAGGGGCCGAUGGGGCAGAAGGCACCGCAGACAUCACAUGCCAGACAGAAGCCAACUGUGUAGGAGGGUCAAGUUCCAGGUGGACUUCAACCUGAUUGGCUGGGGUUCCUGGAUCAUCUACCCCAAACAGUACAACGCCUACCGCUGUGAGGGCGAGUGCCCUAACCCUGUGGGGGAGGAGUUUCACCCUACCAACCACGCCUAUAUCCAGAGCUUGCUGAAACGCUACCAGCCCCACCGGGUCCCUUCCACGUGCUGUGCCCCUGUGAAGACCAAGCCACUGAGCAUGCUCUACGUGGACAAUGGCAGAGUGCUCCUGGAACACCAUAAGGACAUGAUUGUGGAGGAAUGUGGGUGCCUCUGACAGAGCCAGGGCAAGUGCUGAAUCUGCUUGCCCUCCACAAUGCUGGUAAACUCCAGGGAGACGCAUAGUGUCCAUCCAGGGAGCAGAAACGGAAGAAGGGCUCUGCCUGCCAGAGCUGAAGAGGAAGUCCUGCCCCCUGUGCUUACAGGGCUCUUAGACCUGCCAGGCCAGAGGCCUGUGGGGAGGCAGGAAUAGAGAAACCUUUCAGGGGUUGGCUGGGCUCCCUGGAAAUAGGGGUUAUGAACUUCACGAGUGCUCUUUAACCUCUGAAGCCCUAGAAAUGGUGUGCAAAGGCUGAGGUAUAUAUGUAUUUAUUUUUUUUUUGAGGCUAUCCGUAGCUUUCCUGUAUUCUUAAAAGUGGCUGUGACCCGCUGUCCCUCCCUAAAGAUCAGUAUAAUUGUAUUAGAUUAAAACUAGCCAUUUGGCUCUCCCUGAUUCAAGCUGGGCUAGGGGAACCCCCACAACUUUCUAGCUGGCUGGCGCUAACAGGCUGGCCUUCCUCAGGGGCUCCAUGAUCUCUGCUAAUGAGUUGCCUAAACAAUAAAGCCACUGUCCAGUUCUCGCAGGGCCAGCUGUGCCUUUGACCAGAGAGGUGGGCACUUAUCCAAGAGGGACUGGCCAUGGUGGACAACAGAAGCCAGAGCUGUCAGACGUCUGCUUGGCAGACAUAACCCAAGUCUAUUAAAAGUCAGUGAGAAAUCACCCCAGGCUCUCAAGGUGUGUUUUGGGGUUCUGAGGUUCCAAACCAGCAGGGCAUGGGGCUGCGGUCAUAGAUUUUGCAGAGAGGCUGUGUGAUGUGUGUGAAAAAAGUGGCAGAGCCUGACUGGUUUGUAGGAAGUACCUCUAAGGGCUAGGGAAUGAUUAUGAUUCCGUGACAGCUACUUACUUAGUAUAUGAAGGACCCUGGGUUAAACCCCAGCACAAAAAGCUGGGCCUAUUGGUGCACACCUUUAAUUAACAGCACUUGGAAGGCAGAGCUGGUCUUUAUGGUGAGUUCUAGGACAGUCAGAGCUACACAGUGAGACCCGUCUCGAAAUAAACAAAACGAAGCAUUUGAAAGGGAGGGCCAUGGAUCUUUGU